AGACGGUUGUCCUCUGGGAGCUUCUGUGAUGGCGGCUGCUGCGGACCGGGCUGUUGUGACCGUAGUGACUGAUUCGGAUGCCGACAGCAACGGCGAGUUGCGUGAAGUCCAAAGAGUUGGAGCAGUGGGCGAAGAGAAGGGCCAUUCCACCAAAGCAGCAGAGGCCUUGGGGGAUAGCGAGGAAGAUGGGGAGGACGUAUUCGAGGUGGAGCGGAUCCUCGACAUGAAGACCGACGCGGGUAGAAUCCUAUAUAAAGUUCGAUGGAAAGGAUAUACAUCAGAUGAUGAUACCUGGGAGCCGGAAAUUCAUCUGGAGGACUGUAAAGAAAAACUGUCUUUAAAUAAUGACAUAUUUGAGGCAAACUCUGAUAGUGAUCACCAAAGUGAGACAAAAGAAGAUACUUCCCCAAGGAAGAAAAAGAAAAAAUUAAGGCAGAAAGAAGAGAAAAGCCCAGAUGAUUUGAAAAAAAGAAAAGGAAAGACUGGAAAACUAAAAGAUAAGUCCAAAUCAGAGCUGGACAGCUCCUCUGAAAGUUUGGUUUUUGAUUUAAGGACAAAGAAAAGAAUUUUGGAAGCUAAAGAAGAAUUAAAGGAUGCCAAAAAGCCCAAAAAGGAUGAAUUAAAGGAACACAGGGAAUUAAAGAAAGUUAAAAAGGCUGAAAUAAGAGAUUUAAAGACUAAAAUAAGAGAAGAUCCAAAAGAGAACAGAAAAACAAGAAAGGAAAACUACGUUGAAUCUCAGCUGCAGUUUGAGUCAGGUGUACUUAAUGGUUCCCCUCUUCAGGAAGAUGACUGUGAAGAGUUACAUUCUGACAACAGAGAAGAGAAACAAAAAAAUAACAGCCCAAAAGAUAAAACAGGUGAAGAUGAGGUGCAAGACAAGCUUUUUGACAAGCAGCUGGAUGCCACUGGAAGUGGUGAUGAAGAUGCUGAUGGUAAGACCAAGAGGAGGAAAAAGAAGCUGAGGAAGAAUGAGGAGCCAAAAGAAGGCCUAAAGCUAGAAAACAGUGUCUUUUCAGAGAAGAAAACUCUACCUAAAAAGCAGAAGAAUCAAGAGAGAGGCAGGACUAACACUAACCUAGAAAAGCUAUUGCCACUGUCAUCUGUCCAGACACAAAGGAGUACCCGGGCAGCAGGGGAAGAGCAAGGCCUGCGGUCAUCAGACUCAGCUGAGGAGUACUGCCAGUUCUCUUCCCAGUUUAGCGUGUGUGUGCAUGUGCACCCAAUGUGUGUACUGCUAGAGACUGAAUCCAAGGCCUUAACACAUACUAAAAAUGUGUUUGAUGCUAACCCAGAUUUUCUUCUGAUUGCAACAGAAGUCUGUGACUCCUACUUACCAUCAGUUUUUAUUUUUGAAUUAGCAUUUAAGGAAAUCAGAAAUGCAUUCAAUUUAUUUAAAAAAACAACAGAAGAAAAAACUGAUGUUGCUGAGAACAACUGGAAAAAAGAAGAAAUAUUGGAUUGUAAAACUACAGAAGACCAAAAAGCCAAGGAAAACAAGUACUCACUGAAAGAAAGCAGAAAUACUAGAAAUGAAACUGACACUUGGGCACACAUUGCUGCAGAAGACCAGCAGGAGGGUGUGGACAGUGUGUGUCCAGCAGAUGAGAAUUUGGGUGAGUUUGCUGAUGACCUCUUGCGACUCCUUAUCACUAGAGGCGCAAAAGUGAAUGGGCGACAGAAGAACGGAACUACAGCCCUUAUCCACGCUGCUGAAAAGAACUUUUUAACCACCGUGGCUAUCCUUUUGGAAGCAGGAGCUUUUGUAAAUGUCCAGCAGAGCAAUGGUGAGACUGCACUCAUGAAGGCCUGUAAAAGAGGGAAUUCAGACAUUGUUCGGCUUGUAAUUGAAUGUGGAGCUGACUGUAACAUUUUGUCAAAACACCAGAACAGUGCACUGCAUUUUGCAAAGCAGUGUAACAACGUGCUUGUGUAUGACCUGCUGAGGAGCCACUUGGACACGCUUUCAAGAGUGGCCGAAGAGACAAUCCGAGAUUAUUUUGAAGCUCGCCUUGCUCUACUAGAACCUGUUUUCCCAAUAGCAUGUCAUCGACUCUGUGAGGGGCCAGAUUUCUCAACAGAUUUCAAUUACAAACCUCCACAGAACAUGCCAGACGGUUCUGGCAUCCUGCUCUUUAUUUUCCAUGCAAACUUUUUGGGUAAAGAAGUUAUUGCUCGACUCUGUGGACCAUGCAGUGUACAAGCCGUAGUUUUAAAUGAUAAAUUCCAACUUCCUGUUUUUCUGGACAGUCAUUUUGUUUAUUCUUUCAGCCCUAUUCCAGGCCCCAAUAAGCUUUUCAUAAGGUUGACAGAAGCACCCACUGCCAAGGUUAAACUGCUGAUAGGUGCAUACAGAGUACAGCUUCAGUGACCAAUCGGGAUUGGGAUGGAGCUUUCAGACACACUCUUACCUGACCUUUGGAAGCAGUUUGGAAUUCUGGCGCACCUAAAACUUUUUAAGUUUCUCCUGUAAAUUUCUUUAAACCUGUCAUCUGUUUUGGUCUAUGAGAUCAAUGUGGUGGCUCUAAUAUAUACAAAAUAUAGAUGUAUGUGUGCCAGUC